UCCCCUUUAUUUUUAACUUCCAUCAAAACCCUUUUUCGAAAUGGACUACUUAUAAAUCAGCUUCUGAGCUGCACGCCUCACCAAAAUUAGCUCCUCACUGCCACAGCAAUGAAAACUCUGUAUCCAUCUUCACACCUUUCCAGCUCUGCCUGGUUCCUGCUUCAUAAUCCAACCACAAAGUGGACUAAGGAAGAGAACAAGAGGUUUGAGAGUGCCCUCGCUAUAUUUGAUAAGGAAACGCCCGACCGAUGGUUCAAAGUGGCCGCUAUGAUUCCUGGAAAGACCGUGGAUGAUGUGAUUAAGCAAUAUAGGGAGCUUGAAGAAGAUGUUUAUGAAAUAGAAGCUGGGAGAUUCCCAAUCCCAGGUUAUGAUCUCGCCUCUUCUUUUUCGUUUCAGUUCGUUGAUGGUCGAAGGAAAUCUUCGGUUGGUAGGGGCUCUGAUCAUGAAAGGAAGAAGGGGGUUCCUUGGACAGAGGAAGAACACAUGAAAUUUCUGAGGGGACUAUUGAAGUAUGGAAAAGGGGAUUGGAGAAACAUCUCAAGAAACUUUGUGAACUCCAAGACUCCUACUCAAGUGGCAAGCCAUGCCCAAAAGUACUUCAUGAGGCAGCUUUCAGGGGGGAAAGACAAAAGAAGGCCAAGCAUCCAUGACAUCACUACUCUCAACCUCACAGACGCCACAGCAUCAGAGAAUCAGAACUUGUCUUCUUCAAUGGAUCAGCUUUCCAACCUUCCUUCACUGCAGAGGUCACCCUGCUACCAAAACCUUCUGUUCGAUUGGAACCAAUCGACCGACACGGAGCUGCUCGGUUUAGGACCUAACUAUGGCGAUCCUCUCGUGUCGUUCUCAUCUGGGAUUGCUGCAAAUGGAAUAAAGAAUGAGCAAGAUCGAGAACUGAGCAGUGCAUAUUAUGGAACUUACUCCAACCCUCACAAAUCCAUAUUUCAAUUUGAAUCCUCAAGACGUCAAGUUUAUGGAUGAGGAGGAUGGAUGUUGGUGUACAUUGCUGGGUUGUUUAAAACGCCAAGGCGAAUAAGGUUCAAUAGACACUCUUGAAUGGCAAUACUUUUUACUUAGUGA